CGGACUACGAACUCGAUUUAUCGACUUUCUCACUGCUUAGCCGACUUGCCUUGCCGGCAUGUCGAGCUCGCGUGAUGGGUACAUUCGUGUGUGGGUGCUUGAUCCAGCGAGAGAAAGGAACAUGCAGGCUCUCCGCGAACGCGAGAUCGGCGCACACGACAUCCAUUCUCCACUUGCCCCUUCGAACCAGCCCAAUUCGCCUUCCCGGCUUUCGGCUACUCCUGACCGCUCCACUCAGACCUCCUCCAUUGAUUCACAUAACGAUUAACGACCCAACUCAAUCAUGAAGCUCGAAGCCGUCGCAGCGGCCACGUUGCUGGCCGCCUGGGUGCCGGCGACGCUCGCGUUACCCAGCACACGCACCCUGCGCGGUGUCAGCCCUUACAAGGCGCUCUAUUAUCCCGAGACGCUGGACAGGAGUGAACUCCAAAACCUGCCUCCUAACAGGGGCGGUGUCUCCGUGGCGAUCGAGACGCACAGGCUCGAGUACCAGCAUCCUCGUUGGGAUCCCUACAAUGACAAGCAGCGCCCAGAGUGGGCAGACAAGGUCGUUAAGAAGCUGAACAAGGCCUCCGACCGCCUGGAGAAGCUCUCUGGGUCCAUCGGUAUCGACUUUGCUGCCGUCUCCGCUGUCGCUCACUGGCUCUCUUCCAAGAGCGAACACGCUCGCUACCCGGGCUACCCGAAGGAGACCUUCAACCUCAACCACAUCUUCGACCAAAAUGAUACAGCCACGAUUCAGGGCAGGUUGCCUGGCGGCAGCGGCUUCCCCUAUGGCGACCCCAACUCGCCUGUCCGUGGCGUCAACAUUGGCAACUGGCUACUAUUCGAGCUCUGGAUGGAUCCUGGGCUGAACAGCUGGCUCAAUGACCACUCACAAAACGCGCCAUACAACGGUGCCAUUAUUGACGAGUGGACCGCCGGUCUCUACACCGACGCAAGCUUCCUUACCAAGACUAUGAAUGACCACUUCAACAGCUGGAUGACCGAGAAUGACUGGAAGAACAUCGCGGCCGCUGGCUUGAACCACGUCCGUAUUCCCAUCCCUUACUUUGCCUUCCCCGACCUGAUCGGGUCUGCGCCCUACGUCGCCGCCAACCGCUUCGAUGCGCUCAAGGAGGGUGUCUUACUCGCUGGCAAGUAUGGCCUCAAGGUCUGGAUCGACCUGCACGGCGUUCCGGGUUCUCAGAACGGCUUCGACAACAGCGGCCACGCUGGCAGCAUCAACUGGCCGUACAAUCCAAGCUACUACACCGCAACUCAACAGGCACUCAACUAUUUGAUCAGCGAAUUCUCCAAGGACCAGUACAAAGGCAUCGUCACCGGUAUCGAAGCCGUGAACGAGCCUCAAGCCCAGAACAACGGGGACGUCAAGAGCCUUCUCAACACAUACUAUCCCUGGGCUCACGAAGCAAUUGCCCACCCUAACAGGGACAAGUCCGUGUCGAGCAACUUGACGAUGGUCGCACACGAUGGCUUCCUUGGCCUCGGCUACUGGGCUAACUUCUGGACUGGGAGCAACCGCGAUCGCGUACUCUUGGACAAGCAUCCGUACUUUGUCUACUCUGACCAGCAGAAGCAGGAGAAGGACACCGCUCGUCUUCGUGAGGUCUGUGCGCUCUCCGACGAAAUCUGGAACUCCAACCAGCUCUACCCUUCGAUCAUGGGCGAGUGGUCUACUAGCGGCCCGAAUGGCGACAAGAGUGACGACCGCGACUUCCCUGUCAACCAGUCUCCUGUCCAAUUCCCUUCUGGUCCUAACUACCCAUACUCUCAACAGUACAUGGUCUUCCUCUCGAGGAACUGGGCGACGCAAGUCCAGACUUAUGAGUACAACGCCGCAGGCUGGGUGUACUGGGCUUGGAAGAACGCCGGAGCUCCUGACUGGAGUUAUCAGACAGGUCUGAAGUACGGUUGGAUUCCUCAGGAUGCCAGCACGCAGCCUUGGGGUGACGACAUUUGCAACAAUCUUUAAGUGCAUAUACCAAAUUCAGUAACCUUUGAAGCUGUACGCAAAGCAGUCGGAACGCCAGCAUAUGUAUCUUGUCAUCUCCUAACCCUAGGCCACGUCCGUCACCGGAGCUGUUCGGCAACUGUUUAUCUUGUGGAACAGCACGCCUCUCCCCAUUACUUGGGGCAUACCUAUCUAGCUAUCCAUGGGAAUAGUCUCCGCAAGGACCUGUUGAUGCCGUAAGACAGCCAUUAAGCUUCAUCUGCCUUGCUGGCUAUUGCGUCUACAUGUAUGGGCUUCCACUCUGAAGCGAACGGAUCACGGAAUGCGCGCGAAGGUUGGUGAUGAAUGUGAAUAUUUUGUGGACCGUUACUAGUCUUGCGUCCUAAGAA